AUGGACUUUCAGAACAAGGAGGCUGUACUGGCUCCAGAAGUGUCUGCAGAAGUGUCACCGUCCAUUGCACCUCAAGAUCUUGAGCAACAACCCGACAACGAACCACGGCUCAGUAUUCACACCUCAGCCUUCAGGAGUCUCGGCAUUCUCGACCAGUUCCUCGCUCUAUGGAUCUUCCUGGCGAUGCUCACGGGUAUUUUGCUGGGCAAUUUUGUCCCCAGCACUGGUCCUGCCCUCCAGAGAGGCGAAUUUGUUGGCGUUUCAAUUCCUAUAGCCGUCGGAUUGCUGGUUAUGAUGUAUCCCAUUUUGUGCAAGCUGGGUCUGGCCUGGGCUUUUCUGCCCGACGAGCCUGAUCUCCGCGAUGGGCUCAUUCUGGUCGGGAUUGCCAGAUGCAUCGCCAUGGUUUUGAUUUGGACUGGGUUGGCUGGUGGCGACAAUGAGUAUUGUGCUAUCCUGGUCGCUAUCAACUCUCUCCUACAGAUGGUCCUCUUCGCCCCUCUGGCGCUUCUCUUCAUCAACGUUAUCAGUCAAUCUUCCGAAGGCGUCAACGUUGACUAUGCGCCUGUCGCGAAGAGUGUCGGUGUCUUCCUCGGAAUACCUCUCGCCGCUGCCAUCGUCACCCGGUUUAGCCUUCGAAACCUGGUUGGCCAAGACUGGUACGAAAAACGAUUCCUGAAGUGGAUUGGACCUCUGUCAUUGAUCGGCCUCCUUUUCACAAUCAUUGUGCUUUUCGGGUCUCAAGGCCGCCGCGUGGUCCAUCAGAUUGUGUCCGUCGUGAGGGUUGCCGCUCCUCUCAUCGUGUAUUUUGCAGUCAUAUUCCUCUCCACGCUGAUGAUCACCAGGAGGCUCAAUUUCGGGUACCGACUGGCCUGCACCCAGAGCUUUACAGCGGCGAGCAACAACUUCGAACUGGCCAUUGCUGUAGCCAUUGCCACAUACGGCGUCAACAGUGAUCAAGCGCUUGCGGCGACUGUAGGUCCCCUUAUCGAGGUGCCAGUUCUUCUCGGGCUUGUUUAUGCAGUCAAGUGGUUCGGCAAGCGCAAAAAUUGGACGGCAUAG